CACAUGUAAAGCAGCAGCAGCAGCAGGAGCAGGAGGAGGAGGAGGAAGAUCUGCGCAGCAUCCAGCUGCACCUGUUCCAUCCCCGAGUCGUUCUCCUCUCCGCUUCCCACCAAGUGCGCCUCGGCUUUGGACAGAGCCAUGGCUGCGCCUUCGACAGAUUCGGGGCAGGGUUCCACCAAAAUAACUCCGGAGGUGCUGCAGGAGAUGCUCCAGUACUACAACUUGAGCCGCCAGGAGUUUAUCAACACUUACAACAUCCAGCCGCUCGUCUACAUCCCCGAGUUGCCGUACAGCGCCAAGACCACCUUCGUGAUCAUGUACGUGGUCAUUUUCGUCCUGGCCCUGGCUGGAAAUAGUUUGGUCAUUUACAUAGUUGUGAAGAAACGCGCCAUACAGACGGCGACGGAUAUUUUCAUUUGCUCCCUGGCGGUGAGCGACCUGCUCAUCACUUUCUUCUGCAUACCCUUCACUUUGCUGCAGAACAUCUCCUCUGAAUGGUUCGGAGGGGUCCUGGUUUGCAAGACGGUUCCCUUUGUGCAGACCACAGCCAUAGUGACCGGCAUCCUCACGAUGACCUGCAUUGCUAUUGAGCGAUACCAGGGCAUUGUCUUCCCGCUGAAAAUGAGGCGGCAGUAUUCUUCCAAAAGAGCAUACAAGAUGCUAGGGCUCGUGUGGAUCGCCUCCGUGAUAGUGGGCUCACCGAUGCUGUUCGUGCAGCAGCUUGAGGUGAAGUACGACUUCUUGUACGAUCACUACCACGUGUGCUGUCAGGAGAGCUGGAGGUCUCUGACUCACAGGCAGGCGUACACCACCUUCAUCAUGGUGGCUCUGUUCCUGCUCCCUUUGGCAGCCAUGUUGUUCCUGUACACCCGCAUCGGCAUCGAGCUGUGGAUCCGCAAGAGGGUGGGCGACGCCUCGGUCCUCAACACCAUGAACCACAGGGAGAUCAACAAGAUCUCAAGGAAGAAGAAACGAGCUGUUAAAAUGAUGAUCACCAUUGUUCUGCUGUUCACCAUUUGUUGGGCACCGUUCCACACCGUCCACAUGCUGUUCGAGUACUACGACCUGGAGAAGAAAUACGACGGCGUCACGCUGAACACGAUCAUCGCCAUCGUCCAGGCCAUCGGCUUCUUCAACAGCUUCAACAACCCCAUCGUGUACGCCUUCAUGAACGAGAACUUCAAGAAGAGCUGCGUGUCCACGCUCUCCCACUGCAUCCGGAAACCGAGCCAGCAGGGCGGCGCCGUGGUGGCGCCGAGGCUGAGCGUGCAGUUCAUCAAGCCCCAGAGCAGGGAGGCCUUCCUGAAGCCCGACGAAGGCCACAACCCGGAGCUGCACUCGGUGGAGCAGGGCCCCUCCAGCUCGUCGCACGGCGAGAGCUCAUUGGAGAUCAUAGGAGAGAAGAUCUCCACCAUUCAAACGGAGCUCGCCGCCAACAGCUCCUCUCAAGUCAAAUGAGAAGACGAAGUUCAGGUCUUAACUUUUGGACUCCAACUGCUUCAGCUUGCUGUCGGCCACUGGCACUUGGCGCCGGUGUCUGCAAGUGUGUCAGAUGUGAAUUCAAGCCUCAGGAAGAGCAGCAAGAAGUGAAAUGAAGGAAUAACCAAACGAGCCAAGACCGGUCAGACGCUGUCAAGUAAUCAUUUGUUUUCUCUCAGAAAUCUACCGGACAUUGAGCUCAGAUGGUUGCAGUCAUAUUGCGCUGCAGAGGAAGCCGUUUUGCAAAUGUCAACGCAGGGCACUUUCCAGAGAAGCUGCCAGCUGCACUUAGCAGCAAAAGGACGGCGUCUUUUACCGCUGCUAAAUUAGCAUCAGUCCAAAUCAGCACAGAACUUACUUCAGGUUAAUUCAACUGCAAUCCUCUGUUUUAUCAAGGUGACGUGCAAUCCUUCGCUGCCGAGCGUUACCGCGACACUUUACAGCAACAAUCAAAGAUUACCUCUUUAAAAACUCUAAAUAUCGGAUGGCGACCGCAGCCGAUUGUCAGCGUGCACUGCUUUGCACUUUUCGUCCAGUAAAUGUCCACGUGAAGUCAAAUUCGAUGUGAACAACGGGAAAGUUGUUUUGUAGGUAUAACUUAAAGUUUGUCAUUUCCUGGAAAACUGUUGAAAAAUAUUGAUGACUCAUCCUGCCCUUGGGGGCGUGUACUAAUUGAAUGCUUUCUGAUUACCUGUGUCUUUUACUGGUUUUGUUUAGGGAGUGAGGCAUCUUCCCUGACUCUUAAGAAAUAUUGAGAAAGAAAUAGCACUUUGCGAGAUGUGGCAUUUGAUUAUUUAACAUCUUUUUUCGUUUUUGUAGUGCCAAACUGAGCAUGUAGAACUAGCAGACAGCACUGCAAACACGGCCCUUGCACAGCUAUGAAAUCAUGCCUCACGGUGGUCCCGGAUCACACCACGUUUUCAGAAACACAAAACACUGACCCCAGAUUAUUCAACCAUUUGUUGGUAGACCUGGUUACGUGCACCGUUCACUACUGAUCUUAAAAACUCUUCACUGUACUUUUUGCACACAAAAGCAAAUCAGUCCACGGGACACAACAUGUGAUUCAGUCGGAAAACAGACAAAGGCUCAACGUGAAUCCUCUUUUGUGGCAGACAUCAACCUCCUCUUGAUCUACAGGGAUUUCCAUUGUGCAGCUGAUGAUGAACUGCCAAAUGUAUUUUGCAGUCAUGACUCAUGGACAUGCAACAGGAAAGGUUUCCGUGUUGGCGAAGCUUUUACAGAAUGCUUUUGUAACCUACCAAUUACAGUUGUCCCUUCUUACUUUUAUUUUUUUCUCUGCCUUUGUAAAGCAGGCAUCUGGGAGCAAAGGUAAACUCCUCUGAUGGCCGCAUUGUGCAGAGCAUCGAGCAAGAUACCUCGCCUUAUGUAGACGACAGAUGGAAACACGACUAAGAACAAAUCAUUUACUUACUUAUUUACCGUAAAAUCACAUGCAUUUAAGGUUAUGUAGCAGAUUGUAGCUGCAGGGUGGAGAUGCAAACAUGCAGAUUUGAAGCCAGUUUCAGAUAUUAUUACAGCAUUAAACCGUGACAGUAACCUCACAUCAAAGACAGUCUGCAUAAAUCUGUAGGUUAAACGCCUUUUAGGGUUGGUUCAAGCUGGUUCAAGUAUUAAUGUGUUUGCUUAAUGGUGCCGUGAGAUAUUUUUGUAACGUUCAUUGUCAAAGCAAAUGUUAUUUCAGCGUAUAGUUUUGUACUGAUCCGUUCAGUAGUGAGUGCUUGACUUUUAUUCGGCAUUCUGUGCAAAUUUUAAUGGUGUCGCUUUGAAAAAAACAAAUUAACUACAAUUUAUUUAAGUUUGUUCCUUUGUCUUCAUUUCGUUUCUUUGAAUGCAGAGAUGGGCUGUAUAUGCUCGGCUCUCGUGUCCUUUGAUGGUUCGUGUCAGAGGCAGAACGGGGUAUUUUGCACGUGCAAGAGCAGGAUUUUGCAGGAAGAUGGUAUAUUAAAUUUGACUGAAUAAAAAGACGUAUUACGGAGUGUUUCUGUUUUUAUUUUUUAGGUUGAAUUCGGGUGGGAUCUUUGGACCUUCUGCUCGACUCGAGCAAAAACGACACCCUCCCCUCAUUAUCUUGACAAUACAGAAUUUAAUUGGAAUUAGUUAUUCAACUGUAACUGUAAUUUUAAACCGUCAAAUGAUAAUGGCAUAGUAAUUUCCUCGUUUCUGUUCGAAAUGAAUGCCCACUGAUUCUAACAAUGAGCCCAUCACAGUCUGAAUUAAUCAUUAAAUAACAGAUAAAACGGCACAGACGAACGCAGGAAGGGAAAAAUCAGCUGCACUGACUAAUGAAUGACCGGUCAAGCGUAACAUUAUGACCACCUUCCUAA